GACAUGAUAUCAUGCUGGGGUGGAGAGGGCGGCGGGGAUGAAUUUGAGCUGACGGAAGGAGGCGUCCGCAGAGGAAACGGAGGAAAAGGAAAGGCGACCACAGUUCCCAUGGUGCCUGGAGGGGAGACUACAUUUCCUAUGAUUCCCCUGGAAGGGACGUAAGAAUGAAAGACUGCAAGUCCCGCGAUGCUCUGGGCUGGCAGGUGGCGGAGAUUGCACCGGAAGACGCUUCCUGCGUUUGAGGAGUUCAGUGACUGCUAUUGAACCACCAAAAGUCCAUUAUGAAACUGUAUUGCCUGUCAGGGCACCCAACCUUACCAUGCAAUGUGCUCAAAUUCAAAUCAACCACCAUUAUGUUGGAUUGUGGACUGGACAUGACGUCUACCCUCAAUUUCCUUCCUUUGCCACUUGUUCAAAGUCCCAGGCUGUCCAGUCUUCCUGGCUGGUCCCUGAAGGAUGGAAAUGCUUUCUUGGACAAGGAGCUAAAGGAGUGCUCGGGUCAUGUAUUUGUGGAUUCUGUGCCUGAAUUCUGUUUACCAGAGACCGAGCUAAUAGAUCUGUCUACGGUAGAUGUGAUUCUCAUCUCUAACUAUCACUGUAUGAUGGCGCUGCCAUACAUCACCGAGCACACUGGCUUCACGGGCACAGUGUAUGCCACGGAACCGACCGUCCAGAUCGGCAGGCUUCUCAUGGAAGAGCUGGUGAAUUUCAUUGAAAGAGUGCCAAAGGCUCAGUCUGCCUCCUUGUGGAAGAAUAAGGACAUUCAGAGGCUGUUACCUUCUCCUCUCAAGGAUGCAGUGGAAGUGUCAACCUGGAGAAGAUGCUAUACAAUGCAAGAGGUGAACUCUGCCCUUAGUAAAAUCCAGCUGGUGGGAUAUUCUCAGAAAAUUGAGCUUUUUGGUGCAGUCCAGGUGACGCCUCUGAGCUCUGGCUAUGCCCUUGGGAGCUCCAACUGGAUCAUCCAGUCUCAUUACGAGAAAGUGUCUUAUGUCUCUGGAUCCUCCUUGCUUACCACACACCCCCAGCCCAUGGACCAAGCUUCUCUCAAAAACAGCGAUGUUCUUGUCCUGACAGGGCUUACCCAGAUCCCCACUGCAAACCCAGAUGGCAUGGUGGGAGAAUUCUGCAGCAACCUAGCUCUGACAGUCCGCAAUGGAGGAAACGUGUUGGUUCCCUGCUACCCUUCUGGAGUGAUCUAUGACCUCCUGGAGUGCCUGUAUCAGUACAUCGACUCAGCUGGGCUCUCCAGCGUCCCCCUCUACUUCAUCUCCCCUGUGGCCAACAGUUCACUGGAGUUUUCCCAGAUCUUUGCUGAGUGGCUUUGUCACAACAAACAGAGUAAGGUGUAUCUUCCAGAACCACCUUUUCCUCAUGCAGAGCUCAUUCAGACCAAUAAGCUGAAGCACUACCCCAGCAUCCACGGAGACUUCAGCAACGACUUCAGACAGCCCUGUGUGGUGUUCACCGGGCACCCUUCCCUCCGCUUCGGGGACGUGGUCCACUUCAUGGAGCUCUGGGGAAAAUCUAGUCUCAACACCGUCAUAUUCACGGAACCAGACUUCUCCUACCUGGAAGCCCUGGCUCCUUACCAGCCGCUGGCCAUGAAAUGCAUCUACUGCCCCAUCGACACCCGGCUGAACUUCAUCCAGGUGUCAAAGCUGCUUAAAGAAGUGCAGCCCCUGCAUGUGGUGUGUCCCGAGCAGUACACCCAGCCGCCCCCAGCCCAGUCCCACAGGAUGGACCUCAUGAUCGACUGCCAGCCCCCUGCCAUGUCCUAUCGGCGGGCCGAGGUCCUCGCCCUGCCCUUCAAACGCCGGUACGAGAAGAUCGAGAUCAUGCCAGAGCUCGCAGAUUCACUGGUGCCCAUGGAGAUCAAGCCUGGCAUCUCCUUGGCAACCGUCUCGGCCGUGCUGCACACCAAAGAUAACAAGCACUUGCUUCAGCCCCCUCCUCGGCCCGCCCAGCCCACCAGUGGGAAGAAGAGAAAGCGGGUGAGCGAUGAUGUCCCGGACUGCAAAGUCCUGAAGCCUUUGUUGAGCGGUUCCAUCCCCGUGGAGCAGUUUGUGCAGACCCUGGAGAAGCAUGGCUUCAGUGAUAUUAAGGUGGAGGACACAGCCAAGGGCCAUAUCGUCCUGCUCCAGGAAGCUGAGACGCUCAUCCAGAUUGAAGAAGACUCGACCCAUAUCAUCUGCGACAAUGACGAGAUGCUCAGAGUGCGACUGCGGGACCUGGUCCUCAAAUUCUUACAGAAGUUCUGAGUGGGCCGCCUGAGCCACUUCCCUGAAAUCCUGCAGGCCCUCACUGGCUGCCCUCACAAGCCACCUGACGAGUGGCAUGAGAGGCCGUUAACCAUGUCUUUGUGGUGUCCUCUGGCUUAAGGAGUGAAGAGGUGGCUCUUGAGGGAAAUGGUCUGGACUUACUCCCAGCACUGUUUCAGGCAAGAACUUUCCCUUUCAACUUCAGGCUAAUUUCUUCUCAACUCUGGCUCUCCCGAGGAGCUGAAGGGUGGCAGAAGUGGAACGGAAGCAGUUUUCCAAGAGGCUCAUGGGAGCCAGGGAGGCGGAGAUGACCGGCUGGCUGUCUCACAUGGGUCCCAGGCCUCGGGCAGGGGAGCCAGCCUUUGGUUUCGUUUACUUGCCUACAGUGCUGCACCCAAUAAGAUGAUCCCAAAAUAUGGUAAAGUGAACCCAUCUAUCUGCAUUUUCUACUCUGAGCACAUUGGUUAAUAAAAACUUAUUUUUAUAUAA